UUUAUGAUAACUCUUCCAAAUUUUGAAUUUGAUAAAUGAAGGGAAUUCGAUGGGUUCUCCAGAUCUGCCAAAGAAUGAAAUUCGCAUAUCUAAUUCUGGACAACAAAAUAAAUAUAUAGCUUAUGGGUUGUCUCUUCUUCAUCAUAACACCGAUAAGGUGGUGCAGAUAACAGCCAUGGGUCAGGCCAUCUCCAAAGCUCUGGCUACUAUGAUUUGCAGGUUCACGAAGACGGUUCCUACGGUCAAAAUUACUAUCAAUUCCCCGGGUAUUUGUCACAGCUCUCUACCUCUGGGACGGAAACGCCGCUAUCGCCGAAAGUGGCGGAAUUCACAUUCUGCUUUGCACCACUCUCUGGGUCCGAAGCGAACGAGGCAACGGCGGCCGCAUCAGGUUUGGAGGAAAGCAUCAGAUCCUCUGGUUCCACCAAUUUCAGUUGCUCCGAUGAAGAUGGAUAUUGAUACGGGUGUCGUCGGUGAAGAGCCCGAUACUGCUGGCGUCAGCGGUGUGUCAGUGGUCAACGCUCAGUUGGUGUGGCAGUGCAACGUGAAUCAGACAGCAGACGUGGCCUCUGAUGGUGGGUCUCAAGACUUGGACCACAAAGUUACUUUGGGAGUAAUGGGUCAAAAUGUUUUUAACAAGCCCAAUUCGGCCUGCAAUGAGAAUACACUUCAACAGCAGUGCACCCACAGCCCAUACCCAACAUGUGUGUCAGCACCUCUAAUUAGAAUGAAUCUGGAUUCAUCCCAAAACAAAAGGCACCUGCUUAGUGUUGAAAGGCCAACCCAUAAUCGUGGAGGGGAUGAACUACUGCUUGGUCAAGAGACAAAGUUAUCUCUUCAUUCUGGUCACCAGCAACUGUUUAAUGCUGUCAAUACAACAAAGCGUCGUAGAGUUAAGCUUGGAAUUUUUCAGUCCUCUCCUGAUACGGAUUUGUCUCCACCAGCUACUCCCAAAUAAACUUUUAGACUCCCGGUGAAACACACUUUUGGUCAGUUUGUAGAAUUUGGAGAAGCUCAUUUACAAGGGCAACUACCUUUCAUAUCUACAGGCAAGAAAUCAAAACUCGAGGAUGGGGUCGGCAGUGAAGCUAAGAGGGAAGCUUGUGAUCAUUUUACCUCUAACGCGGGUGAAGGUUUUGCGGUGGUUGAACCAAAUCAACCACCAGGGUCGCCAUGAAGCUCCUUUCCUGGAACUGCAGGGGCUUGGCUCGUACUCCUGCAGUGCAUUCUCUUAAGCAGGGGACUUGGGGUAUUUUGGUCAAGUAAUGUAGAUGCUUGUGUGGUUAGUAAAUCGGCUCACGUAAUAGCCUUGAGGAUACAGGAGCCCUCAGGUCUGGUUUGGGGCUCUAUUUUUGUUUAUGGCAGCCCCGCUCAUGACAGUCGGUAUUUAGUUUGGAAUGAAUUAAGGACUGUCCUUUUGAAGCAUUCGAUACCUUGGGUCAUUUUGGGCGAUUUUAAUCAGGUUAUAUGUCCUGCUGAUAAGAGGGGCAGUUUGAGCUUUAAUGAUGCUAAAGCCAGUGCUUUACUUGGUCUUUUGGAUGACUUCCAGCUCCAAGAAGUUGCUUUCAGUGGUAAUAAGUUCACAUGGUCUUAUAAAAGGAAAGGUAGUGAUCGAAUUAUAGAACGGUUGGAUAGGGAUUUUGCAAAUCCACUUUGGUUUGAUGUUUUUCCCCAGGCCUCAUUGCUGAAUCUACCGAUUACAGUUUAAGAUCACGGUCCAUUCUGUCUUACUACUAUCCCUCAAAAUAACAAGCAACAAAAAGGCAUCCGAUUUGAGACUUUUUGGUCUAAAACAGAAGCAGCUGAAUCGAUUUUAAGGAAAAUCUGGAAAUCUCCGACGCCUGAUGACUCUAAUAUGGUACAAAACUUCUCUGACAAAUUGGAAAUCAUCCUACGACACCUUUAUAACUGGAGCCAAUCUUCAUUUGGUAGCAUUGAUCACAGAAUAAAGGGUCUGAACAAAAUACUAAUGGCUUUACAAGCAGGAGAAGGGUUGUAUUGUAAUAUUUAGUAUAUUUCCUAUUAUAGGGUUUGUUAUUGUCUAUAUAUAGUCUGUAUAUUGUGCAC